CAUAGAUGGCGCUUCGAAUUUGUAAACUGCGUAUGGUGAACUGACGUUUUUGGUUAUUUUUGUUCUCGCCUCGUGUUUACUUUAGUGUCUAAUUUCGGUCCAAUCGCGAUAAUUCCGUUGUGCAAUAUUAAAAAAGCCCUAAAUUCCGUCCAGGGACAGAUUUACGCUAUCGUGUAGUCGGUAUAGUAUCGAUCCGCGCGUCGUCAGUAGGUAUAUGUAUUGUAUACAGUUUUAUCACGUGGUGGUGUGAUUUAUAUAAUUCUUGUUUACCGUACAAGUAGAAACUUUGCGCAUGUGCGUCCCGUCAGUAACCUCAAAUAAUUGUAGAAGGGACACGGAUUCGGCAGGUUCCGGAAAUCCGGGUCGCGAUACGGCGGUGUCGGGUCUGUGAUGUGCUAUCGCGGCGAAGGAGCGCGCCCCGCGUGUGGACUCUGGUGAUACAACACGCGCCAUGGCUCAGACUCAGAUAUCGCAGAGCUCGGAGAGCGAUGCCUGGAGAGCGCUGCUCUCGCUCAAGUCAGCGCCGCCUUCGCCCUCCAAGGUGCAAUGGGCGCAAGAGCCGGCGGGGGUCGCGAUCGCGCGGCUCGACGGCCGCGAUUUCGAGUAUUUGAUUCGGCAAAAAAAGGUGGUGAUCGGACGGAACUCUAGCCGGGGCCAAGUGGAUGUGAACAUGGGACACUCGAGUUUCAUAUCGCGCCGGCAUCUUGAGCUGUUUUACGACCACCCGGAGUUCUAUUUGACAUGCAAUAGCAAGAAUGGCGUCCUCGUGGACGGGGUGUUCCAGCGGAAGGGAGCGGCCGCGAUGCUGUUGCCAAAAAGAUGUACUCUACGCUUUCCGUCAACAAACAUUCGGCUGGACUUCCAGUCGCUGGUGGAGGAGAGCGGCGGGGGUUCCGCUGGAAGCUCUGGGCCCCCGCUGCCGCCGCUCCGCAUCACGAUACCAAUGGACAACGAUGGGCGCAGUCCGGCACCGUCUCCUACCGGCACCAUAAGUGCUACAAACAGCUGCCCUACAUCGCCGCGGGGCGCUGGUUCUUCCGGGCGACGGCAUCCUGACCUGGGCCUCGUGGCGCAGUACGCGGCGCUGGCGGAGCACCGGCCGAACUCAAAUGGCACCGCUGCUUCAUCCACAUCCGAUUCGGGCUACAACUCUCGCGAUGCCAGAGAUCGUGAGCAUCGUGACAGCCGUGACGGCCGUGACGACGCCAAACCACCGUACAGCUACGCCCAGCUGAUUGUGCAGGCGGUGGCGUCGGCGCCGGACAAGCAGCUGACGUUGAGCGGCAUCUACAGCUACAUCACGAAGCACUACCCGUACUACCGCACCGCGGACAAGGGCUGGCAGAACUCCAUCCGGCACAACCUGUCGCUCAACCGGUACUUCAUCAAGGUGCCCCGCAGCCAGGAGGAGCCGGGCAAGGGCAGCUUCUGGCGCAUCGACCCGCAGAGCGAGGGCAAGCUCAUUGAGCUGGCCUUCCGCCCGCGGCGCCCGCGCGGCGUGCAGUUCCGCGCGCCCUUCGGCCUCUCCUCCAGAAGUGCUCCGACGUCGCCGUCCCAAGUGGGCAUGUCUGGGCUGGUGACUCCUGAGGAGCUGUCGCGGGAGCCGACACCUGAUCUUUUCACUGGCGAGGAGCAUGAACAGGCGGGCCAGCAGCGGCUCAACAACAACAACAACAACAACGGCGGCAACAGCCAGUCCACGCAGUACUUGUUCCCGCAGCGGAGCACCGUCAGCCAGAGCGCGCCCGGCUCGCCGGGUUCGGGGCUGUCAUACAACCCGGGCGGCAGCGGGCUCGUCAUGACGGGCCACCAGAUCACCGUCGUAACCAACGGCGCGGGCGGCGAGAGAGAAGAAAAGUACGUGGUGAACACGUCCGGAGGCGGUCUCGUGUCGCUGCCUGAGGAGGAAGUGCAGGCGGCCAAUUUGCUGUUGCACCAACACGAGCCGUAUUACGCCGGCUACGGCGGCGAGGAGGGCUGCUCCGCGCUGGGCGGCGAGCUGGUGAUCGAGGAGGCGCCCGACGACCCGCCGCACAAGCGCGCCAAGCACCACCACGUGUCGGAUAUGGACGACCGGCGCGCAUAUUGACGGCCCGCCGCCCCAGCCGCAUGACGCGCGCGGCCCGCCACAUCGUCACGAGCCAGCGAGGCGGGCCGCAACUGAGACGCGCGUCGAUGGGCGACGCCGAUCGUGUCAGCACUCGUGACGUGAUUACGUCUGUCGUAUCUCUUAAAGAAAUUUAAUACAUCAAUUUCGGAGCGAAGCGUGUUUCGCCUUUAACAUUGCCGAAGAUCUAUUUGGUGUGGUGUAUAAAGGUUGACGAAAUUAUAAAUUACACCAAACAGAUUCCUUUCGCGGAGUAUACCAAAUUAAGCUUUAUUUUCAUAACACUAAUGCCCGUAUGCAUUAAACGUGGAAAACAGCUAAAAAACGUUUCACCAACUCUCACGUCCAUUUUGAAUAUUCAAUCUAUCCGUAAUCAAUAGAUUUAUAACUUAGCAAGCGUUGUUAUUGCCAAAAAAAUAUCCAUACAACUUUUGACUAAUAGCAACUUUGGCUAAGCAACUUAUAAAAAGAUUACAGAUGGAUUGAAUAUAGAGAACGGACUUUAGGUGAUGACUAUUGGUCAAAGGUAUGCCUAGGAAUAUUCUUACAGUUACUUAUUUAGGCAAUACCUUGUUAGUCGUUAGUGAAAAGGGGCAUAAGACUAUUUAACCACUGUUUAAUGCACAUUUCCGCUUUUAAGUAUAUGUAUUUCGUUGGCAAUCAGUGGCCUUCGUGUUGGAUUCGUACAUACCUAAUCGAAAGUCGGUUUCGUCUUGCGACGCUCUGUAACGUCAGAAUACAAUGAAACGUAUGUCCAGAGUGCCAAGUGUGUACAUUUAGUGACAGUACGGUUCCCCAGUAUCGUAGUUAUAUUACUGGGAAACCGUAGUUAUAAGUACCACUAGAUGGCGCUCUUUCGAUUCUAUAUAAAUCUUAAUUAACUUUUAUCCAAUCGAAUAAGUAAACUCAAAUAGGCAAUCUCACAUUAGGCACUCUGUCUCUGCUUUCGUUCGAAAUGCCAUUCCAUCAAAUGUAUCCUGUAUGAUACAUGAGUUUUGUUUGAAAUCGAUAUCGACGUGUAUUUCGUCGAAAGUAUACAUGAUUUGCGUUAUAUCGGGAAUUCGUGACUUUUUUGUUACUUUCGUCGAAAACUCGCAUGGAUCGCAUAUCCUUGUGGCCUUUGUAUUGUGGUCGGUGCUGCGGUCAUGCUUCUCGGCAAUAAUAAUAAAGUUUUUGAUAAAAUCGUAUGUAACCGACUUUUGACCACCGUAUUAUAAUCGAUUUAAGCAUAUAAAAUAAUUUACUUGGCAAUAUUCUACAGUUUUAUUCGACAGACGUGAUCACGGAAAACCUCAGGUACAGGCCGGUCGUAAAGUGGUGUAGCAAUAAAAUUGACAUUUCAAACCCUUUGAUUUGACAGUGGACCGUACAGUACAGUGUUAAGCUUAAAGUGUUGAUUCCCGUUUCGAGUGGUUUUAAGUUUUACGCUAAGUAAGGCAUAUUGUGUUAUAUUUCCUUGUAAUUUUAAGUUUUACUUUCUUUAUGACGUCACUGUGAUGUCGAGAUUUUUUUUUUUUUGUUCAUUAUACAUUUACUUGUAUGUUUGACUUUGUACAGUACUGGCUCUGGUGUUUUUAGGAAUUCAAACCAAAAGGGACUAUCUAAUAAAAAUCACACACAAUGAUGUAGACUAUACUAGGUUUACUUUAAUUACCGAUUUUGCGUACUUCUAUCAUAUAGUAUUAUGACAUAAUUACACAAAGUUGGGGUAUAAAGUCGAGGCGCCAAUUUCACGCCCGAGCCGCAGGCGGGGGUAAAAAUCUUAUUCAGAUCUUAAUUAUCACUGCACGUAUGUCUUGUAAUAUUUUUUAAUGAUAACUGAAAGAAUGUGCCGUAAUAUUUUUAUCGCGCGGGUAUUUGUUAUAGUCUUCGUCAAAGUUUUGUUUGACAUUACAAGGUACAUUACAUAGACAGACACAAAGCAAAAAAAAAAAUUAAUGUAUGGAAUGGUAUAUGCUGAGGAGAGCAACACUCUGGCUCACAUUUUCAUAAAAUCCAAUCAGAUUCAAAUACACUGAUUUUGUGACAUAAUUCUCUGUCACUGGUGUUAGCGUGGAUGGUCCCUUAAAACAUAAGAAAGCAUAUAUAAUGCAAUAUUACAUUUAAAAAAAUUAUAAUAAUUCACUUACGCUAUAUAGUAUUGAAUGUUUUCGAGUCCUACUGUACAAUUUUUGUUUUAUUCCUUAUAUGAAAGUGCAAUAAUACAGAAAGUAAUUUAUUGUUUUACCUAUGUAUUACACAAUAAUAAUGGCACCUUAAUAAGGCAUUAUAAAUGUAUUGAUAUUUGCCUCUAUACUUAAUGUUUAAAAAAAAAAAGACAUAAUAUAUGAUUAGUGAUCUUCCCGCCAUUAUAUUGAGUUGAAAAUGGUUAGAUUAGUUAUGUUAUGUAACUGAUAUGGUCGAGUCCAUACUUAAAUCCUUACUCCACUUCGGAUUACUAAUAAUAUUAUCUGAAAUUUGGCUAGUUACAUAUGAAUACUUAUAAAUUCCGAAAGAGAAAGUUAUAUAUUGGAUUGUAACUUGAUAACAAUUGAUAGUUUAAUAAAAAAAAAACAAAAGUGUGUAAUAUACUUCAA